UAAGUCUUGAAAGCAUUACUUUACUAAACCUAGCUCUAUCUCUCUUCAUAGUGUCGACAUGGCUUGCGAAAACAACCUCGUUGUGAAGCAAAUCAUCGACUUAUAUACCCAAAUCUCGAACCUCGAGAGUUUAAAACCAUCCAAGAAUGUCGACACUUUGUUCGGACAACUCGUCUCCACGUGCUUGCCAACGGACACAGAUAUCGAUGUCACAAAAAUACACGAUGAAAAAGUCAAAGACAUGAGAUCUCAUCUCAUCAAGCUUUGUGGUGAAGCCGAAGGAUACUUGGAACAACACUUCUCCACAAUCAUAGGCUCUUUUGAAGACAACCCACUCAACCAUUUACACAUCUUUCCUUAUUACAACAACUACCUCAAACUAAGCAAACUGGAAUUCGAUCUCCUAGCUCAACACACAUGCCAUGUCCCUACGAAAAUCGCUUUUAUCGGUUCGGGUCCGAUGCCACUUACAUCCAUCGUCUUGGCCAAGUUUCACCUUCCCAACACAACGAUCCACAACUUCGACAUCGACUCAGAAGCUAACACACUAGCUUCAAACCUCGUGUCUCGCGAUCCGGACCUCUCGGAACGCAUGAUCUUCCACACGACUGAUGUGUUAAACGCAAAGGAAGGGUUAGACCAGUACGAUGUCGUUUUCUUGGCGGCUCUUGUUGGGAUGGAUAAAGAGUCAAAAGUCAAGGCUAUUGAGCAUUUGGAGAAGCAUAUGGCUCCUGGAGCUGUGCUGAUGCUAAGGAGUGCUCAUGGACUUAGAGCUUUCUUGUAUCCAAUCGUUGACUCUUGUGAUCUUAAAGGGUUUGAAGUGUUGACCAUUUAUCAUCCGUCGGAUGAUGUGGUUAACUCGGUGGUGAUCGCACGUAAGCUCGGUGGUUUGGGUGAAGUUCGUAGCAGCCAGAUCGAAAGGUGUGUGGUUAUGCCUUGUAAUUGUUCCAAGAUCCAUGCCAUCAUGAACAGUCGUGGUAUUAAGAAGAAUAUGAUCGAGGAGUUUACUGCCAUUGAGUAAAUACAAAAA